AUGUUUUCGACGUUGACAGAAGAAGAAACAUUGGCUGCUAAUAAUGGAUAUGAUAUUGAAAGUAUUAAUGAUAGUCAGUUUUGGAAUUCGGGUUCUGAAAGAGGAGAAGUUAGCAAACAUGAUGAUGAUUACAUACAACAAUCAUUCGAUGAUAGCGCGUUUAAUUCAAGUGUAUCAUCUUAUCGUGAUGCUCAUAAAAAUUAUAAUUCUAUAGGAAUUUCUUCACUUGAAAGUCGUGAUUAUUCAUUUGCGUUACCGCAUAAUAAAUUAACACGUCCAACAACAUUAACUACGUCAACAAUAUUGAGUGAAAAAAGAGAUAACCAACAACCAAAAUCAAAAUCAUUUAUGAGUUCAUUAAAACAUUUAGCAUUACCAAAAAGUAAAAAAAAUCGACAUCAAAGUGCAAGUUCACAAAAUAGUAGUAUCAAUAAUUUACCAACGUCAUCCGAACCCGUUUCACCAUACAAUCUUUCAGAAGAAAUCGUCUAUUUGCCAAGAAAAACUGAUCCAACCGUACGUCGUAGUCGAUCGAUUUCUCAGUCAUUUAAGAAUUUGUUUCGUACAAAUUCAAAACAGAAAUCGAAUGGACAUAAAUUAAAUCCACCGGAAAUAACUGUUGAACGAGAAAAUGGAAAUGCAGUACUCGAAGAAAAAAAUUUGAUGAAAACGCCAACUUCAUCUACAAAAUUAUCCAAAAAACUUUCGUUUUUAAGGCGUCGUUCGAAACAAAAAAAAUCAAGUAGUUCUACUAACUCAUUGAGCAGUUACGAUGUCUCGAGGACUGAAUCUGUACGAAAUACACCGAUUCGUGCAAACGCUGGUGGUCCGCUUCUUAUUCGGUUAAAUGCUCAAUGA